AUUAGGUGAACGUUUAAUAUUUAAUUUACUAUAGUUUAAUGCCGAAAAUUGAACAACGAAAUACCACACCGCUACAUCACUUUUGUCAAAUUUGGUUUGAUACGGGCGAUCAGUACGGAAGGGAGAAAUGUCGGUGACGGUUUGUGCUAUUAAGCAGAGAAAAUUUGGUGAUUAUUUUACCAACCCAAAAAUGCUUUUAAAGUGCAUUAAGACAUCAUUUUUUAUCUAGUACUGUAGUUUUUAGUACUAUACACAGCUGAUGGAUUGAUAAGACUAAAAUGUUCACAUAAUAACGAACUUAAGAGUUUUUUGGGAAUCUUCUAAGGUUAUUGUUUAUUAGUCGGUAAGAAUGCAUUUACAAAUAGUACGGCUAUUAGAAUGGAAGAUAGCGAACCAUGGAAAACGAUUUAUAAAUAUAAGCAAUAAAAGGGAGAAUUCUUUUCGAAAAGUUUACAAAGAGUUUUGGUCGCCCAAGCUUAUAAAUAAACCUCCUUAUGAGCAUUUUACACAAGUUGGCGAUCCAGUUUUGCGCACAAAAGCUGCAGAAGUGCCUGGAGAACUAGUUAACAGUAAAGAGGUAGAACAUAUUGUUGAAAAAAUGAUCAAAGUAUUACGAAAGUUCGAUUGCGUUGGCGUUGCAGCACCACAAAUUGGAAUUUCGCUUCGUAUCAUUGUGAUGGAGUUUCGGGAUGGGUUAAAAGACAUAUUGCCAAAACCUGUUUACGAAGCAAGGAAAAUGAGUACACUACCACUAACAGUUGUAAUAAAUCCCACAUUGACUGUAACAAACUACGAAAAGCAUAAACAUCCAGAAGGUUGUAUGAGCGUUCGAGGUUAUUCAGCAGAAGUAGAACGAUUUCAUUCUGUUCUGUUAAAAGGAAAAAAUCUCAAAGGCAUAGAAAAUGAAGUUGAGUUAAGUGGUUGGAACGCAAGAAUAGCGCAACAUGAAAUGGAUCACUUGGACGGAAAGCUUUACAUCGACCGCAUGGAUAGUUCAACUUUUAUUUGUACAUGUUGGGAGACAGUUAAUGUUAAAAGUGGGCGUGUUGAGAUACCUUUUUAUAAAUAAGUUUAGUAAAUGUAUAGUUUAGGUCCCCCAACUAAGGAGGCCUCAAAAAUAAUAUUUUUUUUUAAUUGUCUCGAGCGGAAAGUCAAUUUUUUCGUUAAUUUAUGUAUAUAUUUACAAAUGUAUUUAAAGCACUUUGCACAUAUUUUUCAAGUUACUUAGUUGUUGUUGUUGUUGUAGCGGCAAAAUCAUGAAAAAAUCGAAAGUGAAAGAAUCCGAUGGAAUUUAUAAUUUUGUUUUAUAAGGAAUAGGCGUGGUUGUUGCCCCAUUUCGUUCAUAUUUACACCCUAAUAAAGGUAUGUCCGGAUAAAGUUGCGCAUCGAAUUUGGUUGAAAUUGGUAUAGUAGGUCCUGGGAGAAAUUUCACCAAAACGUGGGCGGUGCCUCGCCAACUGUACAAUUUUGAACCAAUUAAGAACUGUUUACAGUUAUUAGUUAAAAGCUUUGAAGUAUUUGCAAUUAAAACAAUUUUGUUUUUAAUUUGUUUAAAGUAUAAAAUCUAUUAAUUUUAAAGUCACAUAAUAAAUACAGCUUUGAAAUACUUAGUUUUCCCGUAACCGUAUAAUUAAUUUUUAUAAUUAUUUUCGCUUCGUUUUCAUUGAUUUGAGCCAUUUUGCAUUGUUACGAUUGAGAGCUCAUACAGUACCACUUCCCUCUAUUAUCCUUUUGUAAUGGCUUCAUCGCAUUCGGUUCUCAUAUAGCCCGGAAUAUAGCAAAGCACUUAUGAAUGGUUUCUUCACUAAAUAAAAAAACAAUAAUAAAAAAUAAAUAAGUAAAUGAAUUUUAAGAA